UAGACACUCUUACAAUCUUUAAUUUGAUCUGCGCCUGCUUCGACCAGCGGUUAUGGAGGAGGAGGCGGUGUCGCGUGGAGCUGAGAAGGCAGGUGGUGCACCGGGAGAAGCGCCGCCGCUAAACUGCACAGCUGCUUGUUGUCAUGGAGGAGCAAAGAUGGCGGUCCUGGCCUAUAGCCUGGGCAAACGCGAAAUAAAUCAACAUUUUACCGUUAAAAAUGCCAAAUUGAUAUCGCUUGUAGCCGUCGUUUUACUUCUCGUGUUUCACACAGCUUCGCGGUAUUAUGGAGGCGGAGACUCAUGUGAAUGGCUGCUGUCCAGAGGACGUUACUUGGGGGAGAACGUGUGGCAGCCGUAUGGCUGCAUGAUGCACAAAUACAAAAGCAUUGAAGCCAAAACCUGCCUUGCUAAAAAGCGGGUGGCCUUUGUUGGUGAUUCACGAAUCAGGCAGCUAUUUUAUGCCUUCAUCAAAGUUAUUGACCCAGAGCGACGAGAAGAUGGAAACAAGCACGAGGACAUUUCCUUUGAAGAUGAAAGUUCUUCUGUGGACUUUCUGUGGUAUCCAGAGGCAAAUAAUUCAAUGAAGGAGCGCUUGAUAUCAUGGACACACGAGGCGUCAGCAAAGCCAGAUGUUGUCAUCCUUGGAGCUGCCACCUGGUCCAUCAAGUUGCACAGUGGCAGCAGCGAGACCCUGCAGCAGUACAAAGUCAACCUGACAGCCAUUGUUCUGCACUUAGAGAAGCUGGCUGACCAUGGAGAGGUCUACUGGGUCCUGCAAGACCCAGUAAAUGAGGACGUGUUGAGUGAGAACAGGAAAAUGAUCACUAACCGACAGCUGGAGCUGUAUAACGAAGCAGCGGUGGACGUGCUCAACGGCAGCAACGGUAACGGCAGAUCCCGGGUCAAGCUGUUGGCAGCGUCCCGCCAGGCUGCACUGGAAACUAUCACCCAGUCAGACGACGGCUUGCACCUGCCUGAGAGCACCAGGAAUGUGGGAGCCAUGGUCCUCAUGAACUCUGUGUGCAACAAGCUACUGAGGCCCAUUGACGGCUCCUGCUGCCAGACGUUACCGCCCCCAAACAACCUCCAGAAACUGUCCGCAUGUUUCUUCCUGGGCUCAGCCCUGGUCCUCCUGGUCCUCCACAUCCUUGGCAAGAACCGUCACCGCCGACCUGUGCCACCAGAUGUGGAGAGCCUGGAGGAGAAGAAGCCAGCGACAGCAGCUGUCCCCCUGGGUCCGAAGGCGCCCUUGCAGGCCCUCUGCAGGAUGGGCAUCAUUAUGGGCUAUUUUUACCUUUGUGACAGAGCAGAUGUGUUCAUGAAAGAGCAGAAGUUCUACACACACUCCACCUUCUUCAUCCCUCUCAUCUAUAUAUUUGUCCUGGGAGUGUUCUACAAUGAGAACAGCAAGGAGACCAAAUUACUCAACCGAGAGCAAACAGAUGAGUGGAAAGGCUGGAUGCAGUUGGUCAUCCUCAUCUAUCACAUAUCUGGAGCCAGCGCUUUCCUUCCAGUAUACAUGCACGUGCGGGUGCUGGUCGCAGCGUAUCUUUUUCAGACUGGCUAUGGACACUUUUCCUUUUUCUGGCUCAAAGGAGACUUUGGACUGAAUAGAGUGUGUCAGGUACUCUUCCGUCUGAACUUCCUGGUCUUGGUGCUGUGUGUGGUAAUGGACAGAGCCUACCAGUUCUAUUACUUUGUCCCUUUGGUCACCUUCUGGUUUGCCGUCAUCUACGCCACGCUGGCCAUGUGGCCUCAGAUCCUUCAGAAAAAGGCCAACAGUAGUAGCAUUUGGCACCUUGGGGUCUUGGCGAAGUUACUGGGCCUCCUGCUGUUCAUUUGCGUCUUUGCCUUUUCACAGGGUUUGUUUGAGAGAAUCUUCUCUGUGUGGCCCUUCUCCAAGCUCUUUGAGCUGAACGGAAGCAUCCACGAGUGGUGGUUCAGAUGGAAGCUGGACCGAUUUGCGGUGAUACAUGGCAUGCUGUUUGCCUUCAUCUAUUUGGUGCUUCAGAAGCGCCAGGUGUUGUCAGAGGGCAAAGGAGAGACUCUCUUCUCUGCGAAGAUCUCCAACGUGCUCCUCUUCCUCUCUGUCGUCUGCUUCAUAACUUACUCAAUAUGGGCAAGCAGCUGCAAAACCAAAACAGAGUGCAAUGAGAUGCACCCUUUCAUCUCUGUGGUUCAGAUUUUGGCCUUCAUUCUAAUCAGGAACAUUCCUGGCUAUGCCCGCUCUAUAUAUAGCUCAUUCUUUGCUUGGUUUGGAAAGAUCUCCUUGGAGCUGUUCAUAUGCCAGUAUCACAUCUGGCUGGCGGCAGACACCAAGGGAAUUUUGGUCUUGAUCCCAGGAAACCCUUCGCUUAACAUCAUGGUCAGCACCUUCAUCUUUGUUUGUGUGGCUCAUGAGAUCUCCCUCAUCACCAAUGACCUGGCCCAGGUGGUCAUCCCCAAAGACAGCGUGGCCCUGCUGAAGAGACUGGGGGCCGUGGGGCUCCUCUGUCUGGUUAUAUUGCUGCUGGCCAAAGGCAGCCAGUCCACACCCGGCGCCUGAUUGACACCUCUUCAUGGUGGGUGGGGCACAGCAGACUUUCCAAGUCCCUGCAGAGUUUGAAAGAGAUCCAAGCCAGGAGCAGGCCCGGUGUUUCAGCCUACUGUUGGCCACGGCAGACAACCUCAGUUGUGUUGAGUGACAACACAGAGACGCCUGGGAGAACAGUGUCUCUCUGCUGGCCAUGUUAUAGCAGAGUCUGUACUUUGUAACUGCUUAAGUCGCACACUGAAGAAAAGACAAAUGCCCAAAAGGGGGUUGGUCCCUUCAGGGCAAUGUGCAAAUUUUAAGAUCAAGAAAAAAAAAAAAAAAAAGAACAACAAGACGCUCAAAACGUUUACAUUAUCUGCUUUUAACAGAAGGCGGAAGAAAAAAUUUUGAGAUGUGGAAACUAAAAGAGGUCCCCUCUUAUGUCAAGACCUCGCGCUUUCUGUGUGAAUUUUUGCAGCGUUGCUUCUAUUUAGCCAAACUCACUAAUACAAAGUUUAUUUUGUCACAUACUGUACUUCCCGUCAUUACAUCGCUCUGGACGGGAUCACUAGGCACACACUCCGUCCACAUGGCAGUAGCAGUUGAAGGUGUUUUUCACUCAGGUGGAUCCAUAACAUACAUAUUUAGAUAUCUACAAAAAAUGUUCUAUUGUGCUGCAUUUUAUUAUCAACAUUACUUUGUACAGUUUUUCUGGUGACUUUAAAAUAGUGUUAGAUAUCUAAAUAUGCAAAAUAUGGACCAACAACUGGCUCGGAUGAUACAAAAAAAAAAAAAAGAAACUGUCAAGAUUAAAAUAACAACGUGGAGUGCAAUUGUUAAAAUGUUGGAGUAUCCCUCAACAUAUUUUUGCUAAUGUUUUUUGUGAGUAAUUUUAGAAAUGUUUGCCUUGUCCUGAAAGGUACGUGGUCACCUGCUGUAGCUCUGAAAUUCUAUGUGAUAUGAUAUGUACAGUAUUUAAUGAUUUAAAUUAAGCUUAUAUUUUAUACUGUUUUUUGGGGGGCUUUGUUUUAUUUUGUACUUUGCGCUCAUGACUGCUGUUUGUGAAGGAAAUAUUACAGUUUUGUACCCAUCCCAGCACGUCAUAGAUGAUGAACUGCCUCAAAGACACUGCAGAGGUUGACUGACCUUCACUGUCUAACUCCUUACUGUCUUCUGUCCUAUUAGGUAACUGCUCACAAUUCACUCUGUAUAAUCAUAUGAUAGAGUGCAAGACUAUUUUAUACAGCAAUCCUUCAGCAGUGUUUUUAGUCCUUUAUCCUACCAUUGCCGUUAAAAACAUGCUCAUAGCUCUGUUGGAUAUUGCACUGGCUUGCACAUAUUAUUGUACAGUAGUUAAAUAUAAAUCCUCCCUUUGCUGUCAAAGCCAGUGAACCUUUUGAUCAGUGAGUGAGUGAAUGAAUUGAACAUAUAGCUUUUCUCAGUUGCUUGUACUUAGGCUAUGAUCACAAUCUUCCAUCUGUUAGGCACUUUGCAUCAGGGUCGCAUCAACAUUUAAAAGCAGAUACUAGGCAAUGCACUUACUAAGCUGAGAAGAUAUAUUACUGUUGCUUAAAGGAAAUUAUUGUAUAUUUUGUCAGUGGAUAAGUGGGCGAUGUAUCCUUGCCUAUAUAGCCUCAGACAUUUACAAGAGAUGAGCACUUUUACUUUAAGGCAUACAUUUUAUUUUUAUUUUCUUCAUCUUUGCGGUGAAAUACAAUGUUUAACAUGGGUACCAGUUUAUUGGGUAAAUCAAAUGUUUUGUAAUUUGGCAGAGACAAAAAGUAAAAUAUUGUAAGAUCCAAGCUGUAUUGCAUAUGAAUUUUUAGUUGCCUAUUUCAUCUACUAUGUGGUAGUAAAAGAUUGCAGUGUCAGUCGUUUUCUACACAUUUAUGUAGCUUCUCUGUGAAAGAAAAUUGUGGGUCCACAUGGAAAAUACAUUUUUCCUACCCAGUGGAACAAUUUGUCUACAGCUUUCGAGGUUUCUCUUGUGAUUUGAAGAUGUGCUGUUCUUGUUGUGUUCUCAAACUGAUUUGUAAUUUCUGUAACCAGUCAUCACCUCAUUGUAUAGAUGAGAAUGGCAUUUCCGUGUUUCCCGAAGUUUACUACAGUACGUUUUCUCGUCUAUGACUGAUCAACAGCUAUAAAUUUGGUAAUUGUUUCAGGCCUUAAUAGAUCUUUUUGGUCGUGUAAAAGCAACAACUAUUUAUACCCCUGUGCAGGGCCUCUUUGAAAUAUGUUACAUGUACAUUUUUUUGUUACGUCUUAAAAAUGUGAACUGUAUCCAUAUUAUUUAUAAAUGCCUUUAUUCUGUUGUACAUUGGUAAUAAUACCUUCAUAAAAUGUGCUGUUUCUA